GGGGGGGGGCAGGCUUGUGUCUGCCCCCAGCCCUGGGCCCCCCCGCAGCUCCCCCAUCUCCGCAAUGGGGGUCCGGGCUGCCUGGCCCGUGCGAGGGGGACUGAGGCUGGGUCCUCGUGCGAGGGGAGCUGUGUCUGAGCCUUUGUGCAAAGAGGCCUGGGUCUGAGCCCUCGUGCAAGGGGUGCUGCGGCUGGGCCUUCAUGCAAGGUGGGCUGUAUCUGGGCCCUCGUGCGAGGGGUGCUGGGGCUGGGCCUGUGUCCUCGUGUGAGGGGCACUGCGGCCAGGGCCUUGUGCAGAGAGGGCUGUGUCUGGGGCCUUAUGCAAGGGGCGCUGGGGCUGGGCCCUGGUGCAAGGAGGGCUGGGGCUGGGCCUGGGUCCUCGUGCAAGGAUGCCUAGGUUCUGUGAGCAGGGCCAGCCGGCCCGUGCAAAGGCCCUCGUGAACAGAGGAGCAGGCUGGUGCCGAGGGGCACUAGUGCCAAGCCGGUGACUCCAGAGGCCAGACUGAGGGCAAGGCCACGGCCCCUGUGCCCCAUGCACAGAGCAGCCCUUACCACAGUCACCCGCCCCCCCCACUCCUGCGUUGCCGCGGCGAUGAGCCUGCCUCCGCCCGCCCGCCGGAUCCGGCCCUUCCCUCUCCCAGCUCUUUGUUUCCCUUGUGCUGCACCGGCUGCCGGCUCCCCGCGCUCCCCCGCGCGCCUCGCCACGCCCCCCCGCCCUGCCACGCUCCCCCCGCGCCAGCCCCACAGGCAGGUGCAGCCAGGUCCUGGCACCGGCGCCGUGCCCAGCCCAGCCCGGCCCCAGCCUCCCCAGCACAGCCCCGACUCCGGCGGCACAGGGCGGCGCAGCCCCGCACCCCGGUGCCCCCCUCCUCCUUGCUGCGACCCCCCCCCAGCAGCUCCUCCAUGUAUGACGACUCCUAUCUCCAUGGCUUCGAGGACUCCGAGGUGGGUUCAGCCGACUCCUACACCAGCCGCCCGUCCCUGGACUCCGACGUGUCCCUGGAGGAAGACCGCGAGAGCGCCCGGCGCCAGGUGGAGAGCCAGGCCCAGCAGCAGCUCGACAGAGCCAAGCACAAGCCAGUCGCCUUUGCUGUCCGCACCAAUGUCAGCUACUGCGGCGCACUGGAUGAGGAGUGCCCGGUGCAGGGUGCCGCCAUCAACUUCGAAGCCAAAGACUUCCUGCACAUCAAGGAGAAAUACAGCAACGACUGGUGGAUCGGGAGGCUAGUGAAGGAGGGGGGAGACAUCGCCUUCGUGCCCAGCCCCCAGCGCCUGGAGGCCAUGCGGCUCAAGCAGGAGCAGAAGGCCAGGAGACCAGGCAACGCCUCCGGCCUCGGUGACGUCGGGACCCGGCGAUCGCCUCCCCCCUCACUAGCGAAGCAGAAGCAAAAGCAGACAGAGCACAUCCCCCCCUACGACGUUGUCCCCUCCAUGAGGCCCGUGGUGCUGGUGGGACCCUCCCUAAAAGGAUAUGAGGUGACAGAUAUGAUGCAGAAGGCUCUUUUCGACUUCCUCAAGCACCGGUUCGAUGGCAGGAUCUCCAUCACCCGCGUCACGGCCGACCUGUCACUGGCCAAGCGCUCCGUGCUCAACAACCCAGGCAAGCGCGCCAUCAUCGAGCGCUCCACCACACGCUCCAGCAUCGCGGAGGUGCAGAGCGAGAUCGAGCGCAUCUUCGAGCUGGCCAAGUCGCUGCAGCUGGUGGUGCUGGAUGCCGACACCAUCAACCACCCGGCGCAGCUGGCUAAGACCUCACUGGCCCCCAUUGUCGUCUAUGUCAAGGUGUCCUCGCCCAAGGUGCUGCAGCGGCUCAUCAAGUCCCGGGGCAAGUCUCAGGUGAAGCAUCUCAAUGUCCAGAUGAUGGCAGCCGACAAGCUGGUGCAGUGCCCCCCGGAGCUCUUUGAUGUCAUCCUGGACGAGAACCAGCUGGAGGAUGCGUGCGAGCACCUGGCCGAAUACCUGGAGGUUUACUGGAGAGCCACGCACCACCCCUCGCAUGGACCUGGCCCUGCCACGCCACCCACCGCCAUCCCAGAGCUCCAGACCCAGCAGCUGCUGGGGGACCGGGGCAGUGAGCACUCGCCCCUGGAGCGCGACAGCCUGAUGCCGUCAGAUGAGGCGAGCGAGACAUCACGGCAGCCCUGGGCGGCCUCGUCGCCGCGUGGCUCCCGGCACCUGGAGGAUGAAUACACAGACGCCUACCCCGACCUGUACCAGCCACACCGGCACCGCCACAGCGGGCUGCACAGCACCAAUGGGCAUGACUCCCAGGACCGCCUGCUGGAGCGUGACGGCGGCCAAGGCCACUGGCAGCGCAGCCGGCCCUGGGCCAAGGACAGCUACUGAGGGACCCCCGCCCGGGCCUGGCAUCCCUGUCUCCAAGCAGCCCCGCAGGGCUCAGGGAGCUGCUGGGCAGGGCCCUGCGUGCCCAGAGCUUGUGUGUGCCUCCAGCUGAGCCACGGGCAGGGGGCACCUCCCCUCUUUCCCCCACCCCCAGCCUGCAUGGGUGUGACCCCUCCGGGCCUUGCGCAGGGUGGUAGGGGGGACACAAGUCAUCUCCCUGCAGGCGACCCAGCUCAGUCUCCCAGGAGGGUGGCAGCGCAGCACAGAGACCCUGAAGAGCCAGGACUCCUAGGUUCCACUCCUGGCUUGGGCACCUCCCCCUGUACCCUCUUCCCCCCCUCACCGCUUCGAGGGCCAGGGACAGGGCAGCCCCUGCCCGAGCGCGUCACCCUCCCUCUCAGAAUUGCACCCACGAAUGCACGUCCACCAACCGUGCCCUGCCGCCCUCUGCCGGACGGAGCGGGCUGGGGGGGGCUGGGGCCGAUCCCCGUGGUGCCGCAGCAGCGCCUUUGUUACACCUUUUGUAGAAAGCACCGAUCUCCCCGAUGACACGUCGCCCGUUUCAACAAGAACCUUUGCAGAUCA